AUGGGGACACGAAGCAUGGUGCUUAGACAUCGCCUUAAAUAUGGGGACACAGAACAUGGUGUUCAGACAGACAUCACCUUAAAUAUUGGGACACGAAGCAUGGUGUUUAGACAGAGAUCAAGUGUUUCUGGUGCUUUUGAACAGCUCCAUCACCCCUCCAUCUCCCAUCACCCCUCCAUCUCCCAUUACCCCUCAAUCUCCAUCACCCAUCCACCUCCCAUCACCCGUCCAUCUCCCAUCACCCGUCCAUCUCCCAUCACCCAUCCACCUCCCAUCACCCAUCCAUCUCCCAUCACCCGUCCAUCUCCCAUCAACCCUCCAUCUCCCAUCACCCCUCCAUCUCCCAUCACCCCAUCCAUCUCCCAUCCUCCUCAGCCGUCCAUCGCCCAUCACCCCAUCUCCCAUCACCCCUCCAUCACCCAUCACCCCUCCAUCUCCAUCACCCCUCCAUCUCCCAUCACCCCUCCAUCUCCCAUCACCCCUCCACCUCCUAUCACCCCUCCAUCUCCCAUCACCCCUCCAUCUCCCAUCACCCCUCCACCUCCCAUCACUCCUCCAUCUCCCAUCACCCGUCCAUCUCCCAUCACCCCUCCAUCUCCCAUCACCCGUCCAUCUCCCAUCACCCCCUCCACCUCCCAUCAUUCCUCCAUCUCCCAUCACCCAUUCACCUCCCAUCAUCCCUCCAUCUCCCAUCACCCAUCCAUCUCCCAUCACCCGUCCAUCUCCCAUCACCCCCCAUCUCCCAUCACCCGUCCAUCUCCCAUCACCCGUCCAUCUCCCAUCACCCCUCCAUCUCCCAUCACCCCUCCAUCUCCCAUCACCCCUCCAUCUCCCAUCACCCCUCCAUCUCCCAUCACCCGUCCAUCUCCCAUCAUCCCUCCAUCUCCCAUCAUCCUUCCAUCUCCCAUCACCCGUCCAUCUCCCAUCAUCCUUCCAUCUCCCAUCACCCCUCCAUCUCCCAUCACCCGUCCAUCUCCCAUCACCCGUCCAUCUCCCAUCACCCGUCCAUCUCCCAUCACCCGUUCAUCUCCCAUCAUCCUUCCAUCUCCCAUCACCCCUCCAUCUCCCAUCACCCGUCCAUCUCCCCAUCACCCCUCCAUCUCCCAUCACCCGUCCAUCUCCCAUCACCCCUCCAUCUCCCAUCACCCGUCCAUCUCCCAUCACCCGUCCAUCUCCCAUCACCCAAUACCGAAUAUCGAAGCCGCCGUCAAUGACGACAAGAAUGAAGAUGACGGUGACGGCGACGGCAAUGACAGCAGUGGCAGCAUGCAACGAUGA